AGGAAACGGCGGGUCUUGGAUACGUUGGACUUCGGUGGACGGCAGAAUCAGUUUAUUUUUUAAUUGACCCGCGUUAAGGAUUCCACUGGUCUGGCUGAUAAGCAACACGGUAUUUGAUUGUAUAGGUAACUUCUUUGUCGGGUUGUAUAAUUUAGGUGAGACAACUUGACUUGUAUGAGCUUCAUGGAAACGCAGUGCUGGUUUUAAUCUUGUAUUAGCUUCAUCUCCCGACUCCUCAGCCGAACACCCCGUCGACCCGCUCACCAUGUCAUUGGGGAUAAAAAUGACAACCAUAAAGUUUUCGAAGCAGACUGAUCUUGGAGUCUUGGCCUCCAAGAUCAAAAACAAAAUGCUCAAUAGUUCAUCUUUUUUUAAGAUCUCUUUGAAGACGAACAACAGGGCAUUAGCUGUUGCUCUGCAGGCCCAGAGAGAGAAGAGCAACAACCUUCAGAUGGAAAUUAUUGGCCUCCUGAAACAAGUGGAUGCUCUGUUAUUUGAAAGGGCUUCCAUGAGAUACAAGCAUAAGCAGUUGGUUCUUAUGGUAAAGGGACUCCGUAGCACCACCAUGCAUCAGUUAAGCAGUAUGGCUGACAUCCUAUCCUCAGAAGACGAUGACUGUAACAACCAACAUGACGAUGCAGAUGGUGGCGAUGUUGAGAAUAAAAGUCUAUUACCCUGCCAACCGCAACCCUUAACUGAGGCACAUCACUCACCAAUCAAAACACUGGUCGAUUUGACUAAUACUAUCAGUGGUGUACAAGGCCAGCCAUCAAACGAUAUGAAAAUCGAUAAAGAGGGGGAAAAUACUUCUGAUGAAGCUGGGCAGUUGGCCCAAUGGAGAACAACCAGUCAAUCCAGUAGCUUGAGGGAGGAUGUGGAACAGUAUUCCAGGACUCAGCCCGGACGGGACAGUCACUCUAUGCUGCCUUCAUGCCCUCAAAACAGUCACACCCCUGCAGCUGUUGUUGCAUCUGAAAACAAACGAUUGAGCGUUUCUGUCGAUCUUCAGAAAAGCUCAGCCCAGGAGUUGACCACCACCGCCUCCAACAACAACAACAACACCACCACCUCCAACAACGAUAACGACCACAGAGGUGGACAGGAGGUGACUUUGCUCCUGAACACCACCAUGGAGAUGACCGUGAGGGACGCCACUGAAAUAAUCAUCGUCGACACCAAGAAGAAAUCCCGAAAAACAAACGAGCCUAAGAUUAAAGACCAAGCCGCACCAGUGGUAAAGGCAAAGAAGGAAAAGAAGAGAAACAAGAAACCAGGGAGGCCAGAAGACAGAGACUCUACAGAGUGCGGGUUAGUAGAAACCCAACAUGUGCACACUGCUGCUCUGCCACUAUCAGAGGAUCGUACAGAAGAGGCCUCUGGUACAAAUAAGGUUGUGUCUCGCAUCCCCAGAUUUGGCAAGGCUAAAGCUUGUGACGGACCGAACACGAUACAGAAGAAACCUCAGAGUUACCCGAGUAUUGCCUUACCUGAGUAUAGCGGCUGUGACGUCGUAGAGCCUGACAGACACGUCCCCACAGUCAGGGAAGAUGCAAGAUGGUCACCCAAUCAUGUUUUUUCAGAGGACGGAAACGCUAAAAAGAAAUUAAGAAGGACUAAUGUCGCUUCAAAUCCACCAAGAGUAAUCAAAAGGAAAACCCCUAUCCCAUUAAUGAACCUCUCUAAUGCUGAAACACAAAGAACAUCUAAUGGCAAAACUACAGAGGAAGUAGACACCGCCUAUAGUGAUGCAUUCAGCGGCCAACUGCUGGAGAGUCAACAACUUCCUGUGGCCUCUAAUGACAACACACCUUUUGAGCUUGGGGGCGGGGACUUGGGUUUUCCAGAGGCUGGUCACCCUGAGAGCAAGGAUCUUAACCUUAACAGAGAACUCAGGAAGACUUUUGUGGUGACAAGGGAUGGGUCCCCGUGGGAAAGCUUCUCACCAGAUAUCAGUACUGGAGCUAGCAUCCUGACGCCAUCUUCAGCAUCUCGUGGGUCAGAAGGACAACAAGAUGCCUCAGUUGCAAGUUCACCAAGGCAGGUUUCGGAAGCCACUCUGCACAGGUUCUCCGGUCCUAAUUACUGUGACAAGGUAGAUGUUUCGGAUCAGACCCAUUUGCCACGCAAGCGUCCCUACGAGGAAGUUCAGGGGCACGAGGCCACCUGUUCCAAUGGGAUAAGAGCAGCAUGGAGUGAGCAAUCAGCAUGUCCUUUCAACGUCAGAAAGAAGAAAGUAGAGAAGAGUAGGCACCAACAGAGCCACAGCCCUCAAGGGUACGGGCCUCAAGAUCAGGAACUGCCACCUCACCAGGACGACACGCAAACAGGAAAGGUUGUUCUGGACGGUACACACAAAAAGUCAAUUUUGUCUCUCAGAACCAGCAGAGUAGCUGCUGGUACGUACAACGAGGAGUCGCCUCAACACAUCGCUGAGACGGUCGAUGUCUCUCCGGAUACAUGGGUUCCUAAAAGGCUCCCACCUCCGUCCCGUUCCAAAAAGAGCAACAGUAAGAAGAUCUUUUCCACUUCCUCCGGCACAACAAGGAAAAACUUUGUGGCCUUCGACAACAAAAGGAUGUCAGAUGUCCUCGCGAGCGACGGGGGGAUGGACCAGUGUCUUACGAGCCUGCUGCUGGAUGAGAGGCCGCCAUGGGAGACCCCAGAUGUCAGCCUCAGGGAUCUGGAUAUGGAGGACCACUAUGUCCCUUCUCCCAAGAAAGCCGUCUUGGCCACGGUGCCGGGGUUGAAGGAGCCGCCGCCAAAUACAGUCAACGCUUUCACAGACAGUGGAGAUGCCGGUGGUCGAACAAGAAGACCAAAGGCGUCUGUGAACUAUAAGGAGCCCGGCCUAACGUGCAAAUUGAGGCGCGGAGACAGUCACACGGACACCAGUCUCCUGAUGGCUCCUAUUUAUAAGGAAAAAAAGAAGAAGAAACAGACCAAGAUGGCGAACAAGCAAAGACCAGAAAGCAGUCUUAGUUUAGGUUUUUUAGUAGAUGAAAGUCAAAAACCUGUUUGAUUUUCUGUGUAGUUCUUAUCUAAGUUGAGCGUUGACUGCAUUUCUCUGAAAAUAAUAGAUAAUCAACAAAUAAUACGAUGAAUGGAUAUUGUUCUUGCAAUUAACACUCACUUUUAGUUGUUUUGUUCUUUGAGUUUCUUUGUUGCCAUGUUUGUAAUAGGCAAAGAGUUUCGUACAGGAUGGGGUGUAAAUUAUUAACUCUUAAGCUGUUCACCUGAGAAGUCUGUGUUGCUGCAGGCCGGAACUAGCAGUAGGUCGUAGGCGGUUUUAUGAUAUUCGGGUUUGGAGAAAUUUGGUUUUAUGCUUUACUUUAUUUUUGGGACAUCCAUGUGAAUGGAACAACAUUAACCAUCACCUAUUUUUGUGUAACAGUUGUUUAUCCAGUAGAAUUGUGCAUUGAAUUCAUUAAAUGUAUGGUUUUUCUUUAUACAAAUGUAGUGAAGUUCUUCAUGACACAGUGGAUAAGGGGCCUGUAUUGUUAGUGGUAAACUCUGUUCAAUGAACUAAAUAGCUGUGUGUGUGCGUGUGUGUGUGUGUGUGUGUUUGAGAGAGGGAGCAAGGUGGAAUCGGUGUCAGGUUCUGUAUCCUAGGUAGUAAUUGUUUCUGCUCCAUAGUUGUGAGCCAAGCUGACCGGCUCUUCCGCUUUAAGGUAUUAUAUUAUAUCGUCUUUUACAUUUCAAUCUCAUACCCAUCUUUGUGGUGCCUGCUGCAGCCCUGUUGUCUUGCAGAAUUUGCACUUGAAUGUUUUUGUUCCUGAAAAUGGACGAGAGGCAUUUGAAAAAAGAUGUCAUGGCACUUUUAAAUGAUUAUGUUGGACAGAGGCUCAGAGAGAAUGCCUUUGAUCCCAAGGGGAAGGGAACCUCUAUGCUGGAUGAUCUGGCUCAUUGUGACCUUGCCCUAAGAGUUGCCCUUUGGUGGUUAGACCGAGAUGAAGGCCAGGGCAUCCUGGACACAGACAUUAUUGGAGCAAAAAGCUUGUCAGGAAGUAACAAGUACCCUAGCCAUCUUGAACGGGAGGCUAUGAUCUUGUCCUCUUUUGCUGGGAUUGUCCUGAAUGCUCUUCCUGUGGAGGAGAUACUGGCUCUUUACAGCUGCAAACCGGCCGCCUCUCACUCCAAGCACCAGUCAAAGAACUCCAUCGUGCAUCCGUUCACCCUGUCCUACCACCCCUUUGCCAUGCUCUGCUCCUACAAGGCCCUGGACCACUCCAAGAAGCACAGUCAGAAGCUGAAACGGUGGCUGCUUGAGAAGUCAAAAGCUUCCAGUGGCCAAGCAGCCUUAGCGCAGCCUUCGUCCUCCGCCUCAUCCUCACGUUCUUUUCUAAGUGACAGCGAUGAGGUCCAAAAGAACAGAACAAAACACUAUGAGGGCUCACUAGAGUCCCUGAGGGAUUAAGCCUUUUGUUUAUCAAUCAAAUAUGAUUACUUUCUAAUAUCCCGUUGUCCAAUAUGAAUAUGAUAUUUCUGCAUUAGUGAAGUAUUUGGUUCUUUACUAUUUUCAUAGUCAUCAUACUGAGUUUGUUUUAAUGUUUCAGAAAGUUAAAGAAAUAAAUAAGCUAGCUUGCGAUAUACAUGAAGAUGUUGAGCAUGUCAUGAUAUUACAACAGGAUAUUUCGCUGAACCGCCUUAACCGUAGAUAAACAAGCUCUUAGAUGAUGACACUGUGAUGCGCUCCUUUACGCUCCUCGAAAACAACAUUGUAGCAUUGCCAUUUACACAAGAGCUCCUCCAGUCCUUAAGAUUACGUGCAACCUUUCAUAACCCUUCUUUUGUGCUCACGAUGGUGAACAUCCAUAUGUUUUUGCUGUUUUUGCAUUCUGUGUGAAUAACGUAAUUCCCAGUUUAGCUAAGUGUGUUUCUGCUUCUU